AAAGUACAGAAGAUUGUUGAGAAGCUGAACACAGGUACGGGAAGAUCAAAUCUCUGUGGGACAUUCGAUUUUGCUAACUCCGGUGCAUAAAUCAGCAAACAAGAAUGAACAUCAAUCUUUACAAUUCCUCCAACGUGAAUGUCACCUUUCACAACCUGAAUAUAUCGUCACAAGGCAAGUGUAUACGUGAUGUCCGGGUCACCAAGGUGCUGUUCCCUGUGCUUUACACUGUCCUCUUCAUCAUUGGUAUCAUCCUCAACCUCCUGGCAAUCAGAAUAUUUUUGCAAAUCCCAAGCAACUCGACCUUCACUGUCCUCCUGAAAAAUGUCGUCAUUGCCGAUUUGCUCAUGACCCUAACAUUUCCUUUUAAAAUACUCAGUGCCAGUCAACUGGCACCCUGGCAGGUGAGGUGGUUUGUAUGUCGGUUCUCAGCGGUGAUUUUCUACUUCACCAUGUACAUCAGCAUUAUACUUCUAGGGCUGAUAAGCCUCGAUCGCUUCCUCAAAAUCACCAGACCUUUCGGCAAAUCGUGCAUAAGAAGGGUUAGGUUCAGCAAGUUUGUGUCUGUGGCAGUUUGGGCCAUCAUGUUUCUUCUAUCCCUUCCUAACAUCAUUCUGUCAAACAAAGAGGCCACACCAGACUCAGUGAGGAAGUGCAUGGGACUGAAGGGACCGGCUGGUUUGAAGUGGCACGCCAUUUUAAACUACAUCUGUCAGUUCAUCUUCUGGGCAGUGUGUUUACUGAUGGUCAUGCUUUACGCCAUAAUAGCCAAGAAAGUCUACGAAUCUUUUGUAAGGUCCAAAAGUACAGGCAGUAAGGCUCAGAGAAGGACAAAAGCCAAAGUGUUUAUCAUCGUGUUAGUCUUCUUCGCCUGCUUUGCGCCGUUUCAUUUUGUGAGAGUGCCCUACACACUCAGCCAAGUGGGCAAAGUGAAAGAAUGCUGGAAGCAGAACAUGCUGUAUUAUAUUAAGGAGAUAACACUCUGGUUAUGCUCUUCAAACACCUGCCUGGAUCCAUUCAUUUACAUUUUCUUGUCCAAGGCAUUCAGACGGAAGUUAGUCAAGGGUAAUUCAAGCACAGUGACAUGUUCAAGAAACACGCAGAACUUGGCAAAUGACAAUCAAAUUACUGAGAGUGCCUUAUAGAAUGGACUUAAUGCUUUUUACUUCAUUUAAUGGCCUAAGAAGCCACUCAAUUCAAGGGAAAUUAGGGAUGAGCAACAGCGAUCCCCUCAUCCCAUCAAUGAAUAAAGGAAAAAAAAUUCCAAUUGUAUAAAAUUAAGUCUAUCAUCGCAAGGUAACAGUACUGUAGUUGGAACUGAUAGAUGGGAUCCAAUUGUAUAAUGCUGGAUAUGAAGAAACUUAAUUUUAAAAUUCAGACUCUGUAUGCACUUUGGAGUCAGGCCACACCUGGGAAACAGAGAUCGAUUUCAAGCGUGCUCAGUAAUUCUUCCUCCCUUAAAGGUCAUCCCAAUCUGAGGGUGUCAUUAGCCAACAACCCAUUGCUGUGCUCCACUCGUCAGGCUCUGAAUCAUAGAAACUACUGCACAGAAGGCAGCCGUUCAGCCCAACAUGCCUUUGCGCAGUCUUCACUUGGAGUGAUCAUGCAUAGCGCAAUUCCAGAAACUGGAACAGCAUACAUAAACAAUGUCAUGUAUCAAGGCAUCAUGUGUAUAAAACAUCUGGACAACAAGUGAACCAAGUUUAUCAAACAUUCCCCAACAUCCCUGUCAGACUUCCUAAUAAAUGAAAGAUGGUAACUUCUGGCGUGAUAGCAGAUGCACAGCUGAUAUAUACACACAAUCCAACCACAAGAUUUAAGUAUUUACAAUAAUCACAAAAAAAAAAUCAACUAUGUAGGAAAUGUUUUAACUUAAUCCACAAACAAAUCCAUUGGAUGAGCAACAGCACCAAGAUUUGCAAAUGCUUUUAUGUAUUAAUAUUCAUGAAUUAAAUAUCAAGGGUUCGUUGCUAACUAAAUAUCAUUUGGGCUUCAUUCUCAUGGUUAAUGAAACCAUCUAAAUGCCUUGUUGAGAUCAUGGCCUUUUCAUGCAUCUUUUCUCUAUGCAAAACAUUUGAAUGGAUUAGAUUAUUCCACGAUAUUAAACCUCAUAUCCAGAGCUCUACAGCAUGUAACAUCCACUUUACGGCCAAUCUCUCCCACGUGGAAAAUUGGUACAUUUCCUCUGAGCUAACUAUGACUAACAACUUUAGCAUUGAUUUGGCAGCUUUUUGCCAAUGGAAUGUUGCAAAUUGAGAUAUUUACGCCACAAGAAUCAGAGUUCACGAGUUAAUUUAAAAAAUGGCUGAUGGCUAUACUUUGGGGUUAUUUGGCUUCCUUCAGUUUAAACAGUGUUUUAAGGAAAAGUAUAGAUUGUGUGCAGUUCAUGCGUUACUACAGAAUGGUCAAGGAAUGACACAUAGGGCAGGAUUCUUCAGUUAGUGUACGGGGGCAGGCCCGACUCGCUCUCCUCCGCCCACCCAAACAGGUAGUGCGCUACCGCUCACGUCUCAUGCUGGGCAGGCCUUAAUUGGCCCACCCACAUAAAAUGGUGGCACAGAGCCGAUCGCCGUCUGAAAAAUUCAGGCCAUAAAUUCUUUAGUCAAAUCGGCUUACUCAACUGCAGCUCUGCAGGCAGCCCUGGGCCAUAUGAUGUUGAAGUUGUGUUUGUUUCUGUAAUCUUCCUUUACAGGAGAAGACGACAAGUAGGAUCACCAAUUCGUAUUCAGCUUGCUACAAAUAGCCUGAGUUAACCAUAUCAGCUCACUAUAUGAUCAAACAUAUUGAAUCAACAGAAUAUCAAUCACAACUGAAGGCUUUUUAAAAACAGGCUAAGUAACUAAAAUAUUUGCAACCACAUGAAGUGGGUGUGGUUAAUAAUUAAAGCACCAGCAAAUUCAGCGGAUUUUAAGUGAAGGGAAAGACUGAACUUGACAACAUCAUGUCUAGAGACCCAAUCAACAACACUUUAAAAAAAAUUCCACUCCAAAUCCAAAGGAGGUUCCUAUAAUUAUUAAACAGUUUUCUAUUAAAGCUCAAAAUUAUUUACAUAUUUAGCAAAUACAACAGAUGCAGUAAAUACUACUCAUCACCCUGAUGCUGUAAAUACUACUCAUCACCCUGAUGCUGUAAAUACUGCUCAUCACCCUGAUGCUGUAAAUACCGCUCAUCACCCUGAUGCUGUAAAUACCGCUCAUCACCCUGAUGCAGUAAAUACUGCUCUUCAACCUGAUGCUGUAAAUAUUGCUCAUCACCCUGAUGCUGUAAAUACUGCUCAUCACCCAGAUGCUGUAAAUACUGCUCAUCACCCUGAUGCUAUAAAUACCGCUCAUCACCCUGAUGCAGUAAAUACCGCUCUUUAGCCUGAUGCUGUAAAUAUCGCUCAUCACCCUGAUGCAGUAUAUACCGCUCAUCACCCUGAUGCAGUAUAUACUGCUCAUCACCCAGAUGCAGUAAAUAUCGCUCAUCACCCUGAUGCAGUAAAUACCGCUCUUCAGCCUGAUGCUGUAAAUACCGCUCAUCACCCUGAUGCAGUAAAUGCCGCUCAUCACCCAGAUGCAGUAAAUACCGCUCAUCACCCUGAUGCUGUUAUUUAUAUUUAAAGCAGUGAUUUUAAUUGCUAAACCUUCAGUGGGUUGUGCCUUCAGCUGCCUAGACUGUAAAGCUCUGGAAUGCCUUCCUUAAACCUCUCCAACUCUCUGCCCCUCUUUCCUCCUUUAAGAAUUUCCUUAAAUCCUACCUCUUUGACCAAGCUUUUAGCCAGCUACGCUAAUGUUUGCUUUACGUGGCUCGGUGUCUAAUUUGCUUUAUGACGCCACUGUGAAGCGCCCUGGAAUGAUUUAUUCCAUGAAAGGCCUGUAUAAAUAUAAGCCUUGGUUGCAUUAUGUUCAGCAAGAACAAGGAAAUUUGACAAGGAACAUGCAGUUUAUAAUGUAGACAUUUGUAACAUCUCGUUAUAUGUCGUCUCAGGCCUUCUCUAUCAAAAGGUAUAUAACAUGCUUUCAGCAAUAUCAGAUGCAAUUUGAAAAGCAAGCUGUGAUUUCCAUUUUAAUUGUGAUUAUCUUUUUUCAUCUUGUUUGGUGAUAACUCACAAUGUUUGAUUAAUAUUUGAAUAAAAUAUAAGGCAAA